CAGCGAAACCUCUGACCACGGAAGCAAAGUAGACACUAAGCAGCAAUCUUUUGGCUCUUCGUUGCGGUCCGUCGAACCGAAUGAUAAGGAUGCAGUGAUAUUCAAGUGGUGACACGAAAGUCCGAACAAUAUGCAACGGACUUGCCUCAAGUGUUUGUGUCGGUGAGACGUGUAAGGCCCUAGAGAUCUCGUUAUCAGGAGGACAGUUUCCCGCCGUGUUUGAACCUGCCGCGCUCUGCGCGUAGGGGUUGCAAGGGUGGAUGCAGGCUUGCCAUAUUAGGCUGAUGAAUCGGAGCCACAGCACCGUGACUUGGUCUCUUGUCGCUCUUGUCUCUCUCAUUAGAGAAUGGUCCUAAAGUAUAGGAGAAACUAUCGCAGCUAAGAAACAAACUAAACAUCGGUAAGGCUGUAUUUUGCGUCCGAGCGCCAUUCCAUGUUUUCGUCUGCUACAGUUGACAAACAAACGUCAACAUAACCACAAUAAGCCUCAACCACAACAUUACUUUCACGUUGUUUGAAGUAUUUUCCCAUCUCAGGCCAUGUCUGGGCGUUUUUGUUACUCCUGACUAGCAUUUUCUAUGAGAGCAUUCUUGGUCAAAUUGGAUUGAACCGUUCAUGAGAAGGCUUGCUUUUGCCAUUUUCUGUUUAUAGCUAACUGCCCAUUCUAACACACAUUUUGUUAGCAAUGGCAGAAUUUGUGCCCGGAUCUGCUUCUCUUCCCUCCUCGGAGGUAGAACUGACUUUAUCUUGCAGGAAUUUGUUAGAUUGUGAUGUAUUUUCGAAAUCUGAUCCUAUGUGUGUGGUUAAAAUGAAGACUGCUGAAUUUCCACAGUGGCGAGAAAUUUGUAGGACUGAAAAAAUAUCUAAUUCUCUCAAUCCGGAUUUCACUAAAAAGGUUCAAGUGCAAUAUCGCUUUGAAGAACAACAAAUAUUAAGAUUUGAAGUAUAUGAUAUAGAUACCAAGAAUCCCAGUUUAGAAGAGCAAGAUUUCUUGGGAUAUUGUGUGGUAACCCUUGGGCAGGUUGUGUCAUCUGGGAAAAUUACAAUGCCUCUAUCAGGGAUGCCGCUUAAUAAGGGAGUACUGAUUGUCAGUGCUGAAGAGCUAGCUGUCUGUAUGGAUGAAAUAACACUUAAAUUUGUUGGUAAAUCAUUGGAUCGCAAAGAUUGGCUCGGAAAGUCUGAUCCAUUUCUUGAAUUUGCCAAAGUAGGAGAAAGGGGAGAUUAUUCUAUAGUUCACCGAACAGAAGUCAUCAAAUUUACUCUAAAUCCUGAAUGGAGACCCUUUACUAUUGCUGCACGUACACUUUGUGGUGGAGAUGAGGACCGGAGUAUUAGAGUAACUUGUUAUGACUGGAAUCGAUCUGGUAACCAUAGUUUAAUUGGACAUUUUUAUACAAAUUUGAGGCAGUUAAAUCAGGGUCCUGGUCCAGAAAAUCUUUACCGUGUUAUUAACCCCGACAAACAGCUAAAAAAGGCAACUGUUUACAAACAUUCGGGUGAAAUCUCACUAACACACUUUGAAAAGAAAAAACAAUAUUCCUUCUUGGACUACAUUAUGAGUGGUACUCAACUCAACUGUACUGUAGCUAUUGAUUUUACAGCAUCCAAUGGGGAUCCCAAUUCACCAACUUCCUUACAUUAUACUGGAUCUCAAGAGCUAAAUCAGUAUGAGCAAGCUCUUACAGCAGUUGGUGAGAUUAUACAAGAUUAUGACAGUGACAAGCUGUUUCCUGUUCUUGGGUUUGGAGCCAGGAUCCCUCCCCACGGCCAAGUGUCACACGAGUUUUUUGUAAACAUGCAUCCAAGUUAUCCAUACUGUGAGGGAGUUUCUGGUGUAAUUGAGGCAUACAAAAAAUGUAUUCGACAAAUCCAGCUCUAUGGCCCCACUAACUUUGCUCCUGUGAUAAAUCAUGUUGGGAAGUUUGCUGAAGCGUAUCAAGAUGGAUCACAGUAUUUCAUCCUGCUUAUAAUCACUGAUGGAGUCAUCACUGACAUGCCUCAAACUAAACAGGCCAUCAUUCGGGCUUCAAACCUUCCCUUGUCCAUAAUCAUUGUAGGAGUGGGUAAUGCUGAUUUUACAGCUAUGAACGAAUUGGAUGCUGAUACAAUCCCACUUAUAAUGGAUGGUAUAAGAGCUGCAAGGGAUAUUGUUCAAUUUGUUCCUUUCAACAACUUUCAAAGACUCUCUGACAAGGCACUAGCCAAGUCAUAUUUAGCCCGAGAGGUAUUGGCAGAAAUUCCAGACCAGGUGGUUGGCUACAUGAAAAGUAGGAACAUAGUGCCUCUUCGGGAACCACGGGAUCGUCCUGCUGAAGCUGAAAGUCCCCCUCCUUACACAGAACGUGGCAGAAGUGACAGUUACACAGGCUCAUGGGGCUUUGUGUAAAGCCAUUUGGACUGCUUUUGAGUGAGAAUUAUCACAUCAUUGGAAUUUACAUUUGGAGGAGGCUUCCUUGCCUUCAAUAAAUUUGUAAAUGUACCAAAAAUAUUGGAAUAUCUGUACCUGCUAACUUUGCACUCACCACUUUUUGAUGCCAAUUGUGAUUUUGUGAUUUAUAUUUAGGGUCAUGACAUUUUCUUUGCUCACUGCCAUCCCUUUGCAAAGGAUUAUUGUAUCAUUUGUUACAAAUAUUUGUAGCAACCUCUUUUCUACUUCUCUGAUUGUAAUAAAUGGCCACACAGUUUAUUGUUACUUAUAUGCUGCUCUCUGUGUUGCUCAAUUUUCCAUGACUGUUGCGUAAUCUUUACAAGUUGUUGCAUUUUUGCUUAAAAAAAAAAAUUGUUAAAUGUUUGUCUGCUAUCCCUUUUGACUUUACAUUGGUGCCAGCAAUAUUUGCCAUGUUUGAUAAGGCUGUGCUUGUAACCACAAUAUUUAUGUUUGCAGCAUGUGUUGAUGUACCUGAUAAUUUUUAUACAGUGUAAUUUAUCUUUUCUUCCUAUUCUUGCCAAUUUCUCUUUGAUAACUGUUUUAAAAUAGAUGUGCAGUUAUUCUGUCUAUCCUUCCCUUUUCUUGUAGGUUGAGGUUGUGAGAUUUGUAACAACUUUUCCCUGCAAGUAUAUUUAUUUUCUAACUAACUUAAUCAUGCUAGUACAACCUUCUUGUACUUACAAACGAUUCUGAAAUUACAUGAUACUUAAUCAAA